UGCUGAUCUCUACCAACAUGUCAACUUCCGGUUGAUUCAUGAGACACGUCUCCGUCUACGGUCGAUUUGCAUGUUGAAUAACGUACGGAACUACUGGUUUACGCUCGUUGUGAUGUAGUCAGAAGUAAUCUAUAACAACAAUGAUUUCUGAUCUUAUCUUGUUUGGGACCUUGAUGGUCAAUGCAUGUGCAGUGUUGAAUUUCAAAUUGAAAAAGGGAAAGGAUGAUACUUUUGGAGCUAAUUUAGAGCCAACUGUUGGUGACAAAGUAAGAGAAUUCCUGCUAAGUCUAAGAUACUUCAGAAUCUUCAUAGGAUUGUGGAACCUGUUUGUCAUGUUCUGUAUGCUAGUGUUCUUUGGACACUGAGGUGUGAAGAUGAAGAACAAGUCGGUGAUAUUAUUGAAUGAAAGAUUAAAACUGGAUGAUGUUUACAAGAUUAAAUUGUCCAGCCUAUACACUGGACAGUGUGUAUAGUGUACAGAAUAGGGAGAUCAUGUGGACUUAUCAAUGGUGAUAAUAUCUAUUACACAAUAUUUCUAGUGUAUUUAUCAUAUUAUUAAAUGUUUUGAUAUCA